CGGAUGUCUUCUGGCUGCACACAUCUUGUUGAGCGUCGCAGCAGUGUUGUCGAACCUCAUACACGGUGAGGCGUAUGGACCGGCGCCCGUAAGCUACCUCCUGGACUCCUCUCUGCUCCUCCUUCUCAACCGACGAGCCCAAUUUAGGCACCUUUCCGGGCCCUCGCUCCAGUGCGCAGGGAAGAGGAGAAAAGUGGGGCUUGGUGCGGCUCUGUGGUGAAGGCGGCGGCGGCGGCGGCGGCGGCGAAGUGUCCUCGAUGGCAGGCUGGAAGGACGGCUCGGUCCAGGAGAAGUAUCGGCUGGUUGUUGUCGGAGGCGGCGGUGUCGGCAAAUCGGCCUUGACGAUCCAGUUUAUUCAGUCCUACUUUGUCACCGACUAUGACCCCACGAUUGAGGACUCCUACACCAAACAGUGUGUGAUUGACGAAAGGGCAGCCAGGCUGGACAUUCUAGACACGGCUGGGCAGGAAGAGUUUGGAGCCAUGAGAGAACAAUACAUGAGGACAGGGGAGGGCUUCCUGCUCGUCUUUUCAGUCACUGACAGAGGAAGCUUUGAAGAAAUCUACAAAUUCCAAAGGCAAAUCCUGCGAGUCAAAGACAGAGAUGAAUUCCCCAUGAUUCUUGUAGGAAACAAAGCAGAUCUGGAACUACAGAGACAAGUAACCCAAGAAGAGGGCCAACAGCUGGCCAGACAACUGAAGGUCACAUACAUGGAGGCUUCAGCCAAAAUCCGUAUGAACGUUGACCAGGCUUUCCAUGAACUAGUUAGAGUAAUCAGAAAGUUCCAAGAGCAGGAAUGUCCACCGUCGCCAGAGCCGACAAGAAAAGAGAAGGACAAGAGCGGUUGCCAUUGCGUGAUCGUCUGAGUCGGCCUUAUCACUGUAACUCAUGCAGCUGCUCUCUGUCUGUUGCCCCGCCCACUCUGCCUAACAUCGCAUCCCAAAGUGGAUGACUGACCGCUGCCUUCUCCACGUGCAUGACUCCAGACAGCUCCACCCCUGGGAUACUCGGACCAGGGGUGGCUGUCCCCAGGACAUCACUAUGGACAACUGACAAUGCCAAAAUUUGAACACCACUCUACCUUCAGCCAUAGUCCUUUUCACACGAGAAAGUCCCGACACUUAACAUUGCCUUCUAAAUCAGCCUGACCAAUUCAUGUUUUGUACUCUGGAGGACUUCUCUUGCCUUGUAGUGAUUUGUACUUGCUGCCGAGAUUGAAUGAAACAAAAAAAAGUGUCCCGAAUGUUAACAAGUGCAACGGAGAGAUUUAUCUUAUGAAGCUUUGUGUAUGUUGUGCCAUCUUUUCUCCCAUGUGCUAAUCUGCUACUGUACAUAUGUGACAUUUUGUUGUGAUUUUUAAAGUGUAUUUCUAAUGACGAUUAAGGUUGACUAUUGAGGUUGGUUUUGCAUAUAUGAAAGUGACUAUAUAAUGAUGUAUAUAAGUGAUGCUUAGACAAGCCCUUAAAGCUACAAUGAUAGACAUUUUAGAUUCUUUGCGUUAUUUUGUGGCUUCUGCUUCCAUCUUAACUGCCAAAUACAGAAUGUCUGCAGUGUGCUGUCGUAUGUCUUUAAAGUCUUAUAGAUUGUCGGAUUCAUAUACAGCAUUACCAUCGAUAUUUCUUCUUCGAUGUCGACGGUCCAACAUUUUAGUUCUUGGGGUUCAGUUUAGUUAUUAGAAUAACACAAGCAACGGAAGUUAAUUUAUUGUGUAUCCCUAAAUAACAUUUUUGAUCUUGAUUUUUCUGUUGAAUAAAACAGUGGAAAUAGUAAAAUGCGCACUGUAUAACAUAGUGGGGGUGAUUUCUUUGGGGCGGGGGGCUCAUGCACACAGUGGACCUGCCACCUCUGGCGUCACGAUCAGUACACACAAACACAGCAAAUUCUCCUCUGCCUUCUUGCAACUGUAGUCUGUCUUUCAUAUCAUCCUCUUGUCACUUAAAGAACAAGAAAAUCACAUGAUGGUAGUAGGUGGACUUGAUUAAAUGUUUCUACUCUACUUUUAUACGUUAUUUUCUUAUCAAACUAGCUGGCAAGUAUUUUUUUAUAUGUUUAUAAGUGAAUAUAUGUAAAGAGGAAUAUUUAAUUAUCUUGGUUGUUUAAAGAGAAUGUUGCCCCGGUCUGAGCAAAAUUGGAUUCUUCAUGCAGAUGUGAUGCUUUUGUAGAUUAGAAAUGGAGAUCAUAUUCAUCGUCUUCUCAGAGGGUAAAAUGUCAAGUCAGGUAGGAAGGGGUUUAGCAUUGACACGCAUUGGAGCUUUAAUGAUCUGCCAAAUUGACAAUUCUAUACCCAUACCCAGUAUCCCAAUGCUGAUGUACAUCAUAUUGAUUUCGAUUUUUCCUUCCAUAGCAAUGUCUUUUGGCCUGUGUUGAGCUUUUUUUUGGUGCUGAAAUAAAAUCUGUCAUUGAGCCAGAUGGGGUAUCCUUUAUUAAUAAAAUAUGGUACGUACAUCAAACAUUCUGUCAAUAUAAUUUAUAGCUGCGGUAUAUUAGGCAUCCCAUCAUUAUUCACGUCAUGCAUUAAACCAAGCAACAGACAUAAAUAUCAGAUUCCUCAGUUAUUUUCUUCAGAAUACAUGUAAGAUGCAGAAAGAGUUUUUUCACACU